CACAAAGUUCUCCAAGUGUUUUCCUCUUCUUUUUAACCUCCUAAGCUCAAAACCUAGCUUAGCUAUCUUCUUUUUCUUCUUCUAUCAUUUCCCAAUCUAUCAUCAUCACUUCUAUAUCCUAAUAUUCAUUGGGAAAAAAAAACACACACACAAAAAGAAGGAAAGAAAAUGGAAGGAAAAGGAUCACGUCUCAGCAAUUUUUACCAAAGUGCAAAGCCUUACAUUGCAAUGAUUUCGUUGCAAUUCGGUUACGCUGGGAUGAAUAUCAUCACUAAAGUCUCUCUCAAUAGAGGGAUGAGCCAUUAUGUUCUUGUGGUUUAUAGGCAUGCCUUUGCCACGGCUGUUAUUGCCCCUUUUGCAAUUUUUCUUGAGAGGUACUCUAACAUACAUAUAUACAUCACUUGAUCGUGUUUAUUUUGUUAAAUUUCAAACCUCGUUUUAGUCUUUUGAUAAACUUUCUCAAUAAACCUUCCUCAAUAAAUCUUUUAAUCUGUUACGAUUAUGUUACGUUUCGCUCAUAUCAAACAAACACUAAAUGUAGAGCGAAACGAAAAAUCAAAACGUUGUCCACACACCACAUGAUCUUGCAACGGCUCUUAAUCUCAUACACAUAUCGCUUCUUCUGAUUCAUGCAGGAAAGUGAGGCCAAAGAUCACAUUCUCAAUUUUCAUGCAAAUAUUUGUGCUUGGACUUCUUGGGUACGUGCAACCUCUCUAAUUAACACAAUGAAAAUAAAAAUUAACAAUAAAGUGAUUCUCAACUGGUUAUUAUUGGAGUGAAACUGAUGAUUUUGUCGAUGAAUUUGUUCUGGUUCAGGCCGGUGAUCGAUCAAAAUUUCUACUACGCGGGGCUGAAGUUCACGUCCCCAACUUUCUCCUGUGCCAUGAGCAACAUGCUGCCGGCGAUGACGUUCGUCAUGGCUGUCCUCUGCGGGAUGGAAAAAGUGUACAUAAAGAAGAUAAGAUGCCAAGCCAAGGUGAUCGGAACUAUAAUCACGGUGGCUGGAGCCAUGCUGAUGACACUGUACAAAGGCCACGUCAUCAACCUGGUUUGGUCUCAGCAUGUUCAUUCUCCGACAACCGGCCAGCCUGCCGCCGCCGGAACCACCGACAAGGAUUGGUUCAAGGGCUCCAUUCUCCUCAUCCUUGCCACUCUCGCUUGGGCCGGUUUCUUCAUCCUGCAGAAUGUGACAAUGAGACGAUACAGUGCUCCACUUUCACUCACAUCUCUUGUGUGCUUCAUGGGAACUUUGCAAUCAAUUGCUGUGACUUUAGUUAUGGAACACAAAGCCUCUGUUUGGACUAUUGGUUGGGAUAUGAAUCUUCUUGCCGCUGCUUACGCUGGUAUUGUUUCAUCAAGCAUUGCAUACUACGUUCAAGGCCUAGUGAUGCAUAAGAGAGGCCCUGUUUUUGUAACAGCUUUCAGUCCACUGAUGAUGAUCAUUGUUGCAAUCAUGGGAUCUUUCAUCUUAGCUGAGAAAAUCUAUCUUGGAGGAGUGCUUGGGGCAAUCUUGAUUGUGUUUGGACUAUACUCUGUUCUGUGGGGAAAAUACAAGGAAUAUCAAGAGAAAGAAACAGAGAGCAUUCCUGAACCAGUGAAAGAAUACCAAGACAUUGAAGCAAACAUGGUGGAAUUGCAAAGGGCUUCUGAAACUAGCAUCAAAUUGUCAUCAGCUGCCCCUGCAGUUGCAAUUAGUGCUCCCAUGACCAACCCCCCAAUGAUUGCUAUUGAAGCUCCUAAAUCCUUGGACAAAACGAAUUCAGAAAACUAAGCAGGCAUUUUCAGAUAGAAGAUGAUGAUUCGAGGGAGUCCGAGAUUACAAAAAUGUUUGAAGAACGUACAUAUAAUCAUCUGAAGUUUGGAAAAUGAAGGGGAAGAGAAGAAAAGGAGGGAUUUUCUAGUUUGGUCCUUUCUGUCUUUUUUGAUUUCAGUUUUUCUCUUCCUUUUUUUUUUUUUUUUGGUACUUUUGAUUUCCUAUCCUUUUUGUUCUUACUUUGUUCGUGAAUCUAGAGUAAACUGAGUUGUAACUUUUUAUGUAAGCUGAAAUGUUUUAACGAAGUGAAAAUGAAAGAACUUUUUUUUUGCACUCGGUAAUACUUUGUCAAUUUUCUGUUUAGCC